AUGGGUACAGGCGGUGUCAUUUCUGCGGUAUUUAGUGCUAUGAUGGAUGUGAUUUGGAGUGGCCAGUAUACUGCCAUUAAACCUCAGAGAUUUUUGCGCUUAUUCGCCAGCCAAGUCAACGCCUGUCUAGCUGAUGGCCACCAACAUGAUGCUUCAGAAUUUCAACUGUUCUUACUAGAUGCUCUUCAUGAAGAUACUAAUCAGGUAACCAAAAGGGUGUCCUUUGAGCAGAAUUACAGAGGAGGACCACAAAUUGUAAGCGAUGCGAGGGAUUAUGAAAAGAAAAGCCGCUUAUUCGCUUGUUCACCAGUGAACAGAAUUUUCAACCUGCAAACCGUUUCUGAGUUGUCAUGCAGUGCAUGUGGUGAACAGUCGGCAACUUUCGAGGAAUGCAGCUUAAUUACGGUCGAGUUACCCAUGCACACGAGUCGUACGAGUUUACAGCAGUGUCUUAGCAGCCACUUUUCUCAAACGACUUUGGAUGGCGACUCUCGAUGGAACUGUCCGCGGUGCCGAGCUCCCAAACGUGCGUCAAGGCUAACAAAGUUGUGGUCUCUACCUCCUGUUGUGGUGGUCCAUCUAAAGCGCUUUUCCAUAGAAAACGGUGACUACGCGAAAAACACAAUGGCUGUAGAUUUUGAUCCUACUAAAUUAGAUUUAUCAGAAUAUUUACAUGAGAACUCUCCCGAAUCAGCGGAACCAUACAAACUCUAUGCUGUAACGAAUCAUUCUGGUCGAUUGAAUAGUGGUCACUAUACAGCAUUAGUUUGUCAUGGAACAACUGGUGAGUGGCUGCGAUUUGACGACGAGAGUGUUUCAACUUCAUCGGCCAGUGGUAUUAAUAUUAAGCUACUUAUUCGCUCAAAUGAACCUCUUGAUAAUUGUAAAUGGCUGGAUCUCGAGUUUGCCCUUGAAGAGAUGGGAGACGAUAAAGAUUUUCAAACACUAAAGCGAUUUCAGAAUAAAAUUUUUCGACAUGCACUCCGUCAUAUAAAUGUUGGUAAUUGUUUAAGUAUCUGGCGUAAAUUACUCUCAAUGGGUAGCCAACUUGCUGAUGAGGCUUUUCACUUCAUACUAUACCAUUUGAGUGAAAGCGUGCUUGACAAAACGAUAUGCUAUCAAUUCUACAGGCUUUCAUUCGAGCAAAUUUUCGUAAUCUUGGACCAUGACAAACUAAAAGUUCGCACCGAAGAUGAUGUCUUGGAGAUUAUCAAUGCAUGGAUAGACACCUACGAUGGACGAUAUCUUUUUCGGCAUAAACUUCUAGGAGCUGUAAGAGUUGCCGGCUUGUCGGGCGAGAAAAGAAAAUCACUUAUUGACAAUAGGCUUAUAUAUCUACUCUCAAAGAAACCUAGACGUGAGCCACGUGAUCAGAUGGUGAUGUUUGGCGGAUGGUACAAUGGGCGUACGCAUUCUCGUAUUGACAUUUUCGACGAGGUGAACUUUUCUUUUCUCGGAUUUUCUCAUGGAAAGUUGUAA